CUUCGUGGCUAGUGCAUGGGGAUCUGGCAGGCCGGUCCGCCUUAUGUUCAAAGUACACGCCCAAGGCACUGGCCGUGAGUUGUGCCUGGUACCCCUUGCAGCGCGCGUUAUUGCAGCCCAUCCCUUUUGCCGUAAUUGCCCCUGGUGUGCACUGUCCGCUAAGUGACAAAAUUCGAACACGUCGAGGGUCCUCAAAAGAUAGCGAUCGUCUACGACGCACACUGUUAUGACGCACACCGCACGCCUGUCCCACAUGCACGCCGCGCCGCCCACAAACACGAGCACACGACGAACACUCAGUCCUCACGCCCGCCACAACACGACGGCGACGAAGCUCUCGCCUCCGCCUCUCGUUCGCCAUCCGCAUGCGCGCGCUCGCAGCAGAGUCUGAACGAAAUGGCGGCCGUCGACACUCCGCGGUCGGUUGAUCUCGUGCGCACCGCCUCGCAGACUUCGACCAUUUCCAACCCCAGGAAUCGCAGCAUACAGCGCGUACGGCCCAGCAAGCGCGCCUCCAAUGCGUCUCUGAGCCGUAGCCGUAGCAGACAUCCUUCUCCACCUGAAGAUACCAAGAGUCUGACAUCGUUUCCGUCACUGUCACCAAGUCCAGACGCCUCUCCAGUACAGGCGCGCAUCAACGGGUGGUUUCGCACAACCGGCAUCGUGGUAGACGACGUUGUUAAAAAUGGCGACAGCAACACCGUUGCGUCGCCCGAUACAGUGAAGGCGAUUCCAGCACCCGAUAGCUCGAAAAUCCAACCACCUGCGACAACAGUGAGGAAGGUGACCAAGUCGACACAGCAGAUCGUGGGAAGUUUGAUGGGCGCACCCUCAGCUAAAGACCGCUCGGCACUCUUCGACGACACACCAACCGAACACUCAAGAGUGCCUGGCAACUUGCAUUUUUCUACAGACGAGAAUAUUAAAGAUGCAAUCGACCAAGCAGGCCCUGUUGCACUAGUCAGGCAGCUAGCUGGUGAUCUGGCACAGCGAGAUGCGCAAAUCACCGCUCUACGACGAAGGGCCGAGGAGCGCGAGAGAAUUCUAAAGAAGAUGUUGCAGGAAUGCGAGGUGUCGAACAUGGACAUCGAAGCCCGACUUCGCGACCUUGACAAGAGCAGGGAGCAAUCGAACGAGCUUACAAAGCAACGAACAAGAGGCGACAGUGCACUUUCCGGCCUACAUCCGGACGACACUAUGGAAGACAGAUUGGCACGGGCUAUCGAGGACGAAGUAGCCCAACACCCUGACGCUCUAGGUAUCGAGACUGCACCACGGGCUGACGUGGCCUCGAUUUACUCCAUUGCUUCAGAUGCCCCACGUGAGACCGGACGGCCUGGGUGGAAGAACUACAUUUGGAACGGCGCAAGCAGGAAAAGCAGCCGAGCUCCCUCUGUUGCAAGCAUGAUUGACAGGGAAGCAUCAAGCCUAUCAGUGCAGGGAAGAUCGCGAGCGAACAGUGGGGCUAAGGCGCCUCGAAAGGCACUCGUAAAUGACCUGUUCUUGCCCCCUGCACCAGAUAAAGGAGGCAGUGCUGUCCCUGCCUUACGCCGUCUCCAGAGCCAUGAUCACGGUGGCGAAGGCUCGGAUCGCCGGUCCUCCUCAGUCUCGCUCGCAAAUUGGGCGCUGAAGAUGGUCGCAGGAAACGCCCAAACGAGCAGCACGAAGGCCAGCACAGUGAGAGGCCGCAAGCGCACGGAUUCAGGCGAUGCAGACCGCACGCCAUCGGUGGUCUCAACACGUACUAUGCAGUCCGCAAAAUCGUCUCUCGCAAACGUCCAGAAACGAAAUCUUGGUCCAAAUGGCACAAUCAAGAGUAUUGCUGGAGAUACUCCUAAGAUUGGUUCCAGCAUUGCAAGUCCACAGCCAUCCCGCGGCAUGAGUAACCUUGGGCCAGUUGAGAUGGACCGCAUCCUACCUGAGGAGUCACGACCGCCCACACUCGUUCAGCACCACAACCGAUUCGUUGGUAGCAGCGAGUAUCUUACUGAUCGAUUUGGGUUCAUUUACGAUCAACGUCGAAAGAAAAGGCAGAGUGAGGCUGCAGCUGCACUGGCACAGCACAAACGCAACAACAAAUUAGAAUCGCUUGGGGGCAGUAGGUCCGCGGUCAAUUUGAUGGGGCUCGACGAAGAAACCGAAGAAUCCGCUGCAACAUCAAGCGGCGACGUCUCACGACCGUCUAGCUCAGGGUCGGACGACUUGAGCAACAAGCCUGUAUCGAAAUCGUGGGCCGAUUAUCUCAAACUUGCGACACAGCAAACUGAGCUCUUGUCGCACACGCCAUCAUCAGCCCCUAUCACGAACGUGACCGUGGAAGCCGCCGAAACUGAGUUGAUUAAUCCGAAGAGUCAGAUAACAAUGACCAAGCGUGGAUCUUUACCGCCGUCCAGCGCUAAUCCCGAGCCUGCACCUACUCGUGUCUCAUCGAACCACGCCGAGCUUUCUGUCAUAACACCAUCAACACCUACAACGCCCAUAAGCCCGUUCCCGCCCUCACAGGCUGACCCAGUGAAGUCGUUGCUAGAUCAGAUGAGCGAUCUUCACGACAAUAUCCAAAAAGAGCGAACGCAGAUCUGGAACGAAUUUCACAAGAAAGUCCGGGCUCAGCAAAAGCGCGAGGGUGAUGCUGCCGCUGACAGCGGCUCAAAGGCCAUGCCAGAGACCCUCCUCACCGACGGCGAGAUUAUCGGCAUUGCCAGCUUAGGAAACAAAGGCAAGGUCGGUCGUGCCAAAUGGCAAGAGUUCCGGCGCCUCGUCCUCGGUGGCAUUCCUGUAAGCUAUCGGGCCAAGAUCUGGGCCGAGUGCAGCGGUGCUUCUAGCUUGCGCAUACCUGGUUACUACGAGGAUCUCGUCAACAACGGCGAGACGGAUGCCUCGAUCGCAACGCAAAUCGAGAUGGAUAUCACACGCACGCUUACCGACAACAUAUUUUUUCGCACGGGGCCUGGUGUGCAAAAGCUCAACGAAGUUCUGCUUGCUUACUCGCGCCGCAACCCAGAGGUUGGAUAUUGUCAAGGCAUGAAUCUCAUCACUGCGUGUCUCCUGCUCAUCAUGCCCACCGCCGAGGACGCUUUUUGGGUUCUCGCCACGAUGAUCGAAAACAUCUUGCCGGAGAACUACUACGAUCAGAAUCUGCUGACCUCUCGCGCGGACCAGAGCGUCUUACGCUCUUACGUUGUCGAACUUCUUCCCAAGCUGUCUGCCCACCUCGACGACUUAGAAAUCGAGCUCGAAGCGUUGACGUUCCAAUGGUUCUUGUCUGUGUUCACGGACUGCCUUUCCGCCGAGGCCUUAUUCCGCGUUUGGGAUGUUGUGCUCUGCAUGCACGACGGUUCCACCUUCCUGUUCCAGAUCGCGCUUGCUCUGCUGAAACUCAACGAGAAGGCGCUCCUACAAUGCAACACGCCUGCUGAUGUCUACCAUUACAUCAACCACCAAAUGACGAACCAUGCGAUCUCCAUCGAUGGUUUGAUACAAGCUUCAGAUGCCCUCGGACGUUUUGUCAAGCGCAAGGAUGUCGAAGAGAGGCGUGCGCGCGCUGUGGCGCAUGAGCAGGAACUUAUGAGGCAGCGUGAAGAAGCACGACAAGAGCGUGCCAAGAAGAGGGCCAGCAAAGCCUCUGUCACUACUGAGGAGCCGAUGUCACCUAUCACGCAGGACGACACCAAGAGCCUGUCUGCUAGUCUCGACGCGGAGCUGUCAAUGCAGACGAGCCCAAUGCGAACACCUUUAUCUGGCCACAGCCAGCGCAGCGAAGAGGAAGAAGAUGCCGAACGACUAAAUCGCGAACUCGAACUUACUGAACGCACGCCAAUGCCCAUGGAGGAGGAGUUUACGUGGCGUGCAUAAGAUAUGAGCGCCAAUCUUUCCUUCCUGCAACUUUCUUUCUACAGAUACCAUUCUCUCACAUCAUGUCAAUGCAUAAAUCGGCGCUUUACACAACCGGACAUGGGACUUUAGCAUACAUAUACCCCUUUCCUUCUCUGAGCACCGCCUAUUGCAUUUUGUCAAGGCUCUUGAUAUCGUUACUAUCCUUUCCUCACUGCGCUCUCACAUUAGGUCACCCAUAGUACCCUGAGUCCAUAUUUUGGAUGCACUGGAUUUUGAAUGAAAAUAUUGCAGCAAUAUGUCGCCUAUGCAGCAGAAUCCAAACGUGUCACACUUGUUCAUCUUCU